AUGUCAAACACGAAAAAAUCAAAUAAUUCUUUUACCAACGAAAAAAACGAGGCAAAUAUCCGAAUAGAGAAAUGGAUAGAAUUUGGCAAAGACUAUCCAAAAAGUUUUCUAAAAGAGUUUUGGAGUCGGAUGCGUAAAAUAUCAGCAACCGAGACGAAAAGUGUAUUUGAGUUUGACGUGACCGAGGAAGAAUGUAAUCUUUUGGGUAAUUUGCACGGUGGGUGUAUUGCUAGUAUCGUGGACACGCUAUCAGUCGCGACAUUAAUGGGUAACAAGAAUGGUUGGACCGGAGUAUCGACCGAUCUCACAGUCUCGUAUGUAUCAACGGCAUUUCCUGGGGAUAUUAUUCGUGUCGAAUGCAGUCUAUCAAGCGUAGGUAAGAAAUUUGCAAACAUGACUGUUGUUAUUCGAAAUAAUGGGACAGGUAAAGUGGUAGCCAUUGGGCAAAAUACAUUGUUUAAUGACCUAUUAAUUUUAUAG